CACUACGGCAAAAUCUCCAACUACAUCAUCGGUUGUCUACAAUCCUCAUAACAAUAGUCUUGAAUCACAAACACCUACUGGCAUAGUAUCUAUUAAAUUAUUUGAUCGAGUAAUAGUGCAAAUUACUGUAGAUGAAGAUUUAGUUGGUGGUAUGAGACAAAAAUUGAAAAUGGAAUUAGUUAGCCCAUUCAUUCCUG